GCAUGCGCGCACAGACAUAUUCGCACAUGUACGCCCGCACUAGAUAACGACCUGAGCUCCAGCAGGAGAAGCCCAGACGAAAGAGUCCAGGGAGCGGCGCGUGGAACAACCCCCGUUCCCAGCGCCGGAGCGGCCAGCUCGCGGACGCCAUGGAUCACAUAGGAAUACUGGGGGCGCAUCUACAGCAGCAGCACACGCACGUGGAGCCCAUCAGCUUUGGCAUUGACCAGAUCCUCAGCAACGUGGAGCAGAGCUGCAUGCUGGGCCUGAAGAUGCACGAGCCGGACUACGGGCACGGGGUCUACAACAGCAGCGGGAGUAGCGGUGUGAACGGCGGUACCUUCACGUGCGGCAACACCGGAUAUAAUGGCACCGGCUCUUCGUGCGGGAUGGCUUCCUUAGGGGGUGCUUAUCAUAUGAACAUGGGCGUGAAUGCGAACGGAACUAAUGCGAACGCCGCCGGUGUCAUCCGCGUCCCCGCACACCGGCCUCUGAGCUGCGGAAACGGCUCCGUGCCGCCGGUGAGCGGGACCAUCAACAACCUGACUGCGCUAACGUUCCCCUGGAUGGAGAGCAACCGCCGCUACACGAAAGACAGGUUCACAGGUCAUCCCUACCAGAACCGGACGCCUCCUAAGAAAAAGAAACCUCGGACGUCGUUCACCCGGCUGCAGAUCUGCGAGCUGGAGAAGCGCUUCCACCGGCAGAAGUACCUGGCGUCUGCUGAGCGGGCCGCCCUCGCCAAAGCCCUGAAGAUGACUGAUGCUCAGGUCAAAACCUGGUUCCAGAACAGACGCACCAAAUGGAGGCGGCAGACGGCGGAGGAACGGGAGGCGGAGCGGCAGCAGGCCAACAGGAUCCUCAUGCAGCUGCAGCAAGAGGCUUUCCAAAAGACCAUCAACCAGCCGGUUACACCGGACCCGCUGUGUCUGCAGAACAGCUCUCUGUUCGCCCUGCAGAACCUGCAGCCCUGGACCGAAAACACUUCCAAGAUCAGCAGCGUGUCGAACUGCGAGUAGAGCUAACAUCUGGGGGUGGACUGGCUGCUGCAGGGCAGAGAGGCGGGCUGUAGGGAUCCGAAUAGAGGAGGCCGGGCGCAGAACACUGUUUAAUAGAUCUUAAUUAUCAGGUCACCUCCUCUUGUCAUAAUCCUCUGUCAGACAGACACUGCGCUGCAACAAGCAACAAACUUGCUUCAGAUGGGUUAGGCCCACACAAUGGUGUCCACAUCUGGAUCCUUCAGAGGUCUGGACUGAAUCCUUGCUUCAGCCCGCCACAGACCAAACUGACAUUUUGGAAGUAUGUCAUGGGCCCAAUGUACAAUGUGCUCCAUCAAAGGACCAAGACAGAUUGUUGUUGUAUUAUAGUCUACCUAUGAGGACUUGAUGUUUCAUAAACAGCAUAUUUUCAUAUUUGAUGUCUCACAGAAACGGUAUGAGUGUAUAUCUCUGUCAUUGGUGUUUGUCUAUGUUUAUCUGCCAUGUUAAUGGACUUUUUACUCAACUGCAAAACAACAGGGCACUUGUUUUGGCACCUUGGAAUUAAAACAUAUAAACUGACACUAUCUGACAGAACGAUGAGGACUCCAUGUGAUGAUUUACAGCAACAAAUCUGUCUAUUGUACCAUUUGAAAAUUUAGUGGCUGCAUUACCAACAGUCAUUUCACAUUUCACAUUUGCUUAGACUCUUAUUUUUGUACAAACCCUAUUUUCCUACUCCUCUCUCACUGCUGUUGCAUGUACGCAGAAACCUUCGGCUGAGGUCAAAGCUGACCAUUCACAUCACACACGUUCUCUAUGGACAUUUACACCCCCACACCC